GACUUGUGUAACCAAUUGUAGUAAGUGGCGUUGGUAGUCCGAAGACAUCUGGAGGUUUCUUCACAUCUCUCGUCGUUUAGGCCUAACUGUUCCACAAGGUCACCUAGAGAAGGUAAGGUUUCAUUAUAUUGAAUGGCCUGUGGCGAAUCAUUCUCCAAGUGUAGUUUUUGCGAUAUUUGACUUUAAUGAAGGCCGUUAAACAAUUUCGCAAAUUUUUUUUCGUAAUAAUCACUUUAUACAGAAACUUGAUAUGUACUUCUCGUUGACUUAUAAUAUUCAUAUAGAUAUUUUAUUUUAAAACGCAAAGUACAAAGUAAUUGAUGAAUCAUUAAUUGCGUGAAUUAAAUUUAUUUUCAAUUAUAUUUAAAGCGCCGCACCUUGAACGCGCCUAGAGUUUGUCAACGGGGCACAACCCAAUCCGCGAUGUGAUCCCGGUCGUGAAGAGGAAGAUACGUUGGUCGGUUGUUGUUGCAAAUUGGUCUCAAAACGAACCCAAAAAAAAGGGAUCCAUUGUCGUGCGUAAGUGACUAAUCGUGAAGGAGAAACCUGCCCGGAAAAAGGUUGGCAGAACAGUUACCCGGACAGAUCUCACGAGACGGGACCAGGUAACCCGGAUAUGACACCUAUGGGAACGAAAGUUCAUCUCCUAAUGGAAGUGUCUAGAAUCAACGGAAGACAAAGUCCGGUCGAGCAGUCAUUUUUAUUUUUAUUUUUACAAAAAGAAACACGCACAUGUUCUCAAGAACAGUGACCCCCCCCCCACACACACACAAAUGGUGGUCCAUGGAAAGGAAACCAUCCGUCGUGGGUUAUCGUUGCCGGUCCGCAAACCAUGAAUAAUUUAUGGUCAAACAAAAAUAAAAUGAAAAUGUAUUUAAUGUAUCUCGCACCAGUCACUUGUGCAUUUUCAAGACAUCUCCAGCGGUCCGCGAAACUUAAACGUUUUGGGAAAUGAUGCUCCAGAAGGAGCUGCGCAUGCCCUAAAGGUCUCCGGACAUCCCUUUAAUAGUUCAUCGGCAAUACGUCUUUUCGGCUAUUACUUCAGAGACAGUUGAUCACUCGUACAGGAUACAGGCUGGGGGAAAAGCUCGGCGAAGCCAUUUAUGCCUGCCAGGAUAUUGUGUUGUAAAACAUUUUUCUGACCUACGAUAAUCAAGAUUUUUAUAAGGAAGAGUAGUUCUCUGACGUAAUUCAUAUGUACUUACAGGCCGAGGAGAUUUUCCCCUUCCGUUGGUAGAAUACCUUUUUCAGAACACUGUUACAUGUACUUAGGCUCUCUUUUAAACCCGUUUCUCAGACUUUUGCUUUACAAUUUUUCCAACACGGUCACCCUGUACACAUAGGUCUCCUUUGCAUGCGGUCAUCCCCUUUUACGUUUACUAACGUAUGUGCAAAAGUCAUGACCAACUUUUGAGUACCUUUUCCUCCGUGAAGAGAGGGCUUUUUAGUUCUGGUACAUCGUUUACAUUAUCCUGAUCAUAAGAUGACAUUAUCCUUAUCAUCAGAUUACAUUAUACUGAUCAUAAGAUGAAAUUAUCCUUAUCAUCAGAUUACAUUAUCCUGAUCAUAAGAUGACAUUAUCCAUAUCAUAAAAUUACAUUAUCCUGAUCAUAAGAUUACAUUAUCCUGAUCAUAAGAUUACAUUAUCCUGAUCAUAAGAUGACAUUAUCCUUAUCAUAAGAUUACAUUAUCCCGAUCAUAAGAUUACAUUAUCUUAUUAUCAUAAGAUUACAUUAUCCUGAACAUAAGAUUACAUUAUCCUUAUCAUAAGAUUAAAUUAUCCUGAUCAUAAGAUUACAUUAUCUUGACCAUAAGAUUACAUUUUGCUGAUCAUCAUAAAACUUUUGUAUCGUCUGACAAGAUUCACCAGGAUGAUCUCACGGAGUUACUUCCUCUUGUUUCUGCUCCUAGCCACCCAGAUUCUCACCGUGCUCGGAGUUUGUCGAAAGAAAGAAAUCUACGGCAGUGUGGCCAUCCCAGGGUAUGUUGUGCGCAAAAUAUUUGUGUGCAAUAUAUGUGCGCAAUAUAUUUGUGCAGUUUAUUUGUGCUAUACAUGUGUGCUAUAUAUGUGUGCAAUAUUUGUGUGCAAUAUAUGUUUGCAAUCUAUGUGUGCAAUCAUGGGCGCCCGCAGAAAACUUUCUGGGGGGGGGGGGGCGGCAAAAAAGAUCGAUUAACUUUCCAGGGGUGGGGGGUCAAAUUUUUUUAGUAAUGUUUUAAUAUAGUUUUAAUUUACUGUAGCGUAUUUGUAUGGUGAACGAACGGAUAGGACAUCAGCUUAGUUAUUUUCUCUUUAUUUUAUCUUUACUUUAAUAAAUUUUUUCUCUAUUUUUGUCUAAAUUUUUUUAUCCAAUCAAUCCAGGGGGCAAGUGCCCCCCUUGCCCCCCUUGCCCCCUGCGGACGCCCAUGUAUGCAAUGUAUGUGUGCCAUAUACGUGUGCAUUAUGUGUGUGCAGCGUUAGCUCUAGCUUAUGAGUGCAACUAAUAUAGUUUUCAGUUUGUUUGAAAUUAGAGCCAACGUCAAGACAUGUGUGACAAGUAAAUAAAUAAAUAUUAUCAAUUUAUACCUACCGAAUUUCCCAUUGUGGUAAAUAGUCCAUCAAACUGUGUUGGGUAAAAUAUGGUCAACAUUACGUAACUCGGAAGAUUUAAAAAUUAAAACAAUUUUAAGACUUUUGAUCACAUCUUACUAAUGCAAACGAAUAUGCACUUGUGCAUCUCUCAGCUACACACAAAAUGGAAUCCUUUUCCUAAAUCAAAUACCUAGGAAAUUUAAUCAUAUGUUUUUUUUUAAAUUAGAUGUAUUUUAGGGAAUUUGAGUGGUCUUUAUAACCAAGGGACAAACAUAAAUUCCUAACUAGCUUCUAAUUAAACUUCGAAUGUAUAAAUUUGAUUCUUCAAUUAUUUAUGGUUAUUUAUCAUAAACAAAACAUUCUGCUUCAUGAGUAGCCCGUAACUAUUCUUAAGGAUUUUGUGUGUGAAAUUUUCAUCUUGAAACUGAACUCUGAAAUCAUCUAAUGAAGUUGUAUGAUGUUGUGAAAAACGUCAUCUUAAAUCUUGUCUAUUUGGACAGACAUCAUCCCAUCCCAUGGAGAUACAAUAUCUGUGUGGACAGCACGACGAUUUCACCCGAGCCAAGCUUGACCAAUUCAGAGUAGGUAGACACAUCUGUCGAAUUUUAAAUUCAGAUUAGGCAGACACAUCUGUAGAUUGUUGAGUUCAGAGUAGGUAGACACAUCUGUAGAUUUUUUAGUUCUGACUAGGUAGACGCAUCUGUGGAUUGCUGAGUUCAGAGUAGAUUGACACAUCUGUAGAUUGUUGAGUUCAGAGUAGGGUGACACAUCUUUAGGUUAUUGAGUUCAGAGUAGGUAUACACAUCUGUAGAUUGUUGAGUUCAGAGUAGGGUGACACAUCUGUAGGUUAUUGAGUAGAUAUUCACAUAUUAUGUAGAUUGGUGAUUUCAGAGUAGGUUUACACAUUCGUAGAGUCGCCAUGUAAGCCACCAGUUAAGUGUAGGUGGACACAUGCGUAGAUUGAACAGUUAAGUGUAAGUACACACAUUUGAUCUUUGGUUGCGGAACAAUAAAAGUGCCAGGGUGAAGGGGUGCAGGCUAGAUUGACUAACGGUUGAACUAUUUGUAGGGGAAAAAAACAACUGGCUCCUUGUCUUCACUUUUUGGUCAAAAUACAAAGGGACAAAAUCAAACGAAUUACAAGAAUAUUUUCAACCUUGACUCUAUUUGAGCACAUCAGCGACUUCUGGCUCCUAAUGACAAGGCAUUAACGCUUCACAUAAUAUAUAACAACAAAAUAUGCACGAAUAAGCCACUGGGUGAGGGCUUAAAGGUAUAUGAGAUCCCUACUAAGGAUACUCUGCUGGUUUGGGUAGAAUUUUAACAUUAUAUUUUGAAUCCAUUUUUAUUUAAUUCAGUGUUAUUUUCUAGUUAGCUAUUGUGGACAUAAUGAGACGAAGAAGGGAGGAAAAAAAUCAUUAAAAAAAAAAAGGUAAUAAUGUUGUACAUUUGUGUGAACUCAAUCUAAAUCUUACAGCUAAACACAUGAAGCGUUCAGAACUUCUUGCUUACCAACUACUAAGAUCAGAAUGUUUUUUAUUUUUUUUUAUUUUUAAUUUCAGGGUUGCUGUUUUCGUUCGAGAGUGUUGUGGGUGCAGGGUCUCUAGCGUGACGGGAAGGGAGGUAAGCGAUUAUUAAUUUUUUUUUUUUUGGAUGGAGGUGGGUUGGGGUGGGGGUGGGGGGUGGGGGAGGGACGGGGUUUUUUUUUUUUUUUUUUAAAAUUUAAUAAAUAAAAAAGAAAAAAAAGAAAAAAAAAAAAAAAAAAAAAAAAAAAAAAAAAUGAAGUUCCGUAGAAAGACCUUUCAUAAGGGAACAAAGAACAACAAAUGGGGGGCUUCUGGAGACUUUUUUUGUUGUUCUUCUUCCACCCGUUGUACAGAAACAUGCGAUGUCUUUACAGAAAUAAUUUCCUUAAAUUGGAUAGUCUCUACCCUUUUAAGUAUUUGAUGUUAAAUGGUUUCAGCACAUGCGACACAACAUCGUUUGACCUUGUUUGACGUGGUUAGGUUAGACUUCUUCUCUGAGCCCUCAUUUUCACUUUAGUCCCCGACGACGUAUGCAGGGUUGGCAUUUCCUACACUGAUUUUUGCCAUCGCAGCACGUAUUAAGUUUUGAUUUCCUAACAUUUGGCCAAACAAACCAUGACAUUGGUUCAGUAGAGUGACAUUAGAGGAACGAAACGUAUCUGGAGAGCUUUUGAUUUUAUAGUUUGAUUGUAGUAUCUCUUUAAAUCUCCACCAAAUCUGUAAGAGGUCAGAGGUCAUAAGGACAUUUUUUAAUAUCAGUUGAACGAACAUAAGUGAAAAAACGGUCCAAUUUUUAGUGUUUAAACACAAGAACUAACUUUUAGUGUUUAAACACAAGAUAUAACUUUUAGUAUUUAAACACAAGAUAUAUCUUUUAGUGUUUAACACAAGAUAUAGCUUUUAGUGUUUAAACACCAGACAUACCUCUAAGUGUUUAAACACAAGAUAUAACGUUUAGUGUUUAAACAAACGUAUAACAUUUAGUGUUUAAACACAUGGCAUAAGGAUUGAUGUUUUUUUAAAAAAAAAAACAUGGUAGAACUAUUGAUUGUUUCAGCUGCGAGUUCAGCCGUUGUCGCCAGGUACGUCGAGCCGCGUCAUCUACCUGCCAGAGAUACGGGCCUGUGAAUGCAUUCCCUGUGACAGUUCAGUCUUCAACUGGGUCGACUACUUCCGGUCUCUGGAGCACAAGAGGAGAAAAUAACAAAAGCCAAAUAAACA